UUUGAUUGACCCUGUACACGUGAAGGCGGCUUUAAUGGGGACGCUCAGCGGAGUAAAAGUUUAAAUAUCUGAAUUAAUAGAAUUAUUUGCGAGCAGCUCAGCUAUGGAGAAGAAAAUGACUGUCGGGGGGGAAGCGGAAGAGGUGGUCAUGUCGGACUCUUCUCGUAAUGCGGAGGAUGAGGACAAAAGCGGGACUCCUGUUGGAAUCAAGAGAAGUGAGGAGGAGGUGAUGGCGUUUCGCCGCGUGAAGCUGUCCAGAAGUGAUCUGUACAAAGCUCCCACAGUAGAAGAACUAAACCAGCUGAAGGAGGCAGAAAGUCUGUUUCACUGCAACUUGCUCAAAAUGCAGAUGGAGGAGUUGCUGAAAGAGGUUGCUUUGAGUGAGCACAGGAAACGACAAAUUGAUUCUUUCAUUGAGACAGUUACAAAGCUGCUGAAGACUGUGCCGUAUUCACCAAAAGUUGAGAUAAACGACCUGUCAUGGCUGUCCGGCACAGUUAAGAUCCCUUUUCUUCUGGUACCAAAGAUUACAAAGGGCACCUUUAGCAUGGCACCUCCCACCUCUGUGGAUUUGAUUGGCAGCUACCCAUUGGGCACUUGUACCAAACCACGCAUCAUGGUCGACUUGGCAGUCACAAUGCCAUCUGUUGUCCUCCAUCCUAAGGACUUUCUGAACCAGAGGUAUCCGAGGAAAAGGGCUCUCUACCUUGCAGGUCUGGCUCAGCAUCUUGCAUCUUCUUCUGACAUUGGAACCAUGCGCUAUUCCUGUCUCCAUGGGAAUCGGCUCCGACCAGUUCUGCUCUUGACCCCACCGGAAAAAGAUACUUCCAGCUUUACUCUUCGCAUUCAUGCCUGUCCAGUUCCGGGAUUCUUCAAGCCCAGUCGUUUUCACCCUCAGAGGAAUAAUAUCAGGAUAGAGUGGUACGCUGACUUACAGAAGCAUGAGUCUGACAACAGUGAACCUCCCACUCCACAUUAUAACAGCUCUCUUCUGGGAGACUUGCUACCCAGGGCUCACCUCCAGUUUCUUUCUGCUGUCAGCUCCCAAUGCUCAGCUUUUGCUGAUGGUGUAGCUUUGCUAAAAGUCUGGCUCCGACAGAGGGAGCUUGACCAGGGUACAGGUUGUUUUAACGGCUUCCUGGCUUCAAUGCUGUUGGCUUAUCUUCUGAGUACUCACAGAAUCAGUAACACCAUGACGGCUUAUCAGUUGCUACGAAACGCUCUGAACUUCUUAGUUUCGACAGACCUCACCGUGAAUGGAAUUAGCCUCGCUAAAAAUCCUGACUCGACAGCUCCAUCUCUUGACGAGUUUCACAGCGCUUUCCAGGUUGUGUUUGUUGACCCCUCUGGACACCUCAAUAUGUGUGCCAACAUGACUGCUUGUACCUAUAAGCAGGUGCAGCAUGAGGCAUCUGUGUCAAUGCAGUUCUGGGACGAUCCUACGCUGGAUGGGUUCCCGUGUCUCCUCAUGACCCCCAAACCCAUGAUAAGGACAAGUGACCAUGUCUUCCAGUUAUGUGAUCUGGUGAAUCUACAGUCCACCUGUAAGAAACUGAAUCUGCUGAAUGAGCUGAUGGACCACAGUGGAAACUAUGUCCAGACUGCACUCUGUGCUCUCCUUUCACUGCUCCAGCGAGGACUGGGGCAAAGGAUCCGUCUCCUCACCCACUCUCUCGCCCCUGACCCCGAGUGGUCAGUGGAGAGUGAUGCCCCAAAACACAAAACUCAACCCCCUCUCUGUUUCGGUUUGCUCUUAAAUCCAGAGCUGGCAGCUUCUGUGCUGGAAAGAGGUCCACCUGCAGAUAGCCCCAAGGCAGCCGAGUUUCGCCAGCUGUGGGGCUCGCGCUCUGAGCUGCGCCGUUUCCAGGACGGUGCAAUCACUGAGGCUGUGCUCUGGGAUGGAGAGAGCGCAUUCCAGAAACGAUUAGUCCCCAAACAGAUCAUCACUCACCUGCUACAGCUACACGCGGAUAUCUCGGAGUCCUGCAUACGAUAUGUUGGGGCGAAGGUCGAUGAUGUCAUCAAAAUGAAAAGUGAGGUACCCAGUACUGGAGAGGAGGGCAGUUUACUGGUGGUUCAGUCCUACGAUGACCUGAGCAGAAAGCUGUGGAGGCUGGAAGGUCUUCCUCUAUCGAUCACUUCAGUGCAAGGAGCCCACCCUGCACUCCGAUACACCCAGGUGUUUCCACCUCUGCCCCUCAGGCUGGACUAUUCCUUCUUUGACAGGGAAAAGGGUUCACACGCCUUGCUGCCAAAGGAAAGCAAACCAUGUCCUGCUUACAUUACUCCAAUCACAGUGAUCUGUCACAUGGAGGGAAGUGGGAAGUGGCCUCUUGAUCAACUCGCUAUCCGCCACAUUCGCGCUGCUUUCCACAUUCGCCUGGGAGAGUUGUUAAAGAAGCAUCACGACUACACAUGCAGACCGUGUCCCACACACCUGGAUGUCUGGAAGGAUGGUUUGCUAUUCCGCAUCCAGGUGGCAUACCAUCGUGAACCCCAGGUGCUGAGGGAGAGUAUAAAUGCAGAGGGGCUUCUGAUUGUAAGAGACAAUGACGAGGCUCAGGCUUUGGAGGUGGCCACUGUACACAGGCCUCUGCUCACCAGCACCUUACAUGGCCUUCAGCAGCAGCAGCACCCAUGUUUUGGGGCCGUCUGCCGCCUGGCCAAACGCUGGCUAGCAGCUCAACUCUUCAGUGAUGACAUCACAGAGGAUGCAGCAGACUUGCUGGUGGCGUCACUCUUCCUACAACCUGCACCAUUUACUCCUCCAGGUUGUCCUCAGGUGGGCUUCCUUCGUUUCCUUCAUCUGCUCGCUUCCUUUGACUGGAGGAACAACCCGCUGAUCGUCAACCUCAACAACCAGCUCACAGCGUCCAACUACACAGACAUCAAGAAUCACUUCAUGGCCUCCAGAGAAUCUCUGCCCGUCAUGUUUAUUGCCACACCAAAAGACCACAAACAAUCUGUGUGGACUAAGCGAGCACCCAACGUACAGAUGCUGCAGCGAGCUGUGAUGGUGGCUGCUGAGAGUCUGAAAGUGCUGGAACAUCAGCUAAUGGAUGGUGAUCAGACUCAGGAUGUCAGGGUGGUCAUGCGUCCUCCACUGGAUGCCUAUGAUGUGCUGAUUCACUUGAACCCCAAGCAGGUUCCCCUGCUGAGCCACGCUGUGGACGUCCCGGCUGUCACAUUCAGCAGAGGCACCAUGACUAGCGACGUGGCCCCGUGUGGCGGGGCCAUGCCUGUUGUGGACUACAACCCUGUGUCUCUCUACUUGGAAGAGCUCAGAGAGGCAUUUGGAGACUUGGCCCUGUUCUUCUACGAUCCCCUCGGUGGUACAGUGAUUGCAGUUUUAUGGAAGCCAAAGGCUUUCGGCCCUUUGCCCUUCAAGACGUCACAGAUGUCUGCUCGUUGUGUGGAGGUGACCGGAGAGGAAGUGCACUCUGUUCCCAAUGUUGAAGCUAUUCUGGAGGACUUUCAGAUCAUGGGGAAGGACCUGGUCAAAUCAGUGGAGGCCAGGACUGAAAAAUGGGUAGUUUAGACAAAAGAUAAGAUUGAAAAUGUUCAGUAGACAUAUGGAUUUUAGCAGAUAUUGAUACAUUGGAAAGUACACUGUUGUAUUUUAAUAUCUGACUAAUCAAAACACAAAGUAUACAUGAAUUCUGAACAUCCUCUUAAUUUUAUUAUGUUGGAUUGAUUGCAGAGUUUAUGUAUUUUCAAGUAAAGAUGGCGCUGUGUCGACUGUGAA